AUGGAGAAUACAAGCAGCCACAGCAAGGGCCAAGCCCAUGCGUAUCACAGUCACGAAGCUAGCACGUCCAACUCCAGCGAUCUCGAGGUGAUUGACUCCCCUCGCGAAGACGAUCCUGCCCUUGGUCUCGAAAGAAAUCUCUCACCGCGAUCCAAUGCAGCGCAGACAAUCUAUCGAGUGUACAAAAGACGCUUCUUCGGCUUGUCGCAACUUGUACUGCUCAACAUUGUUGUGUCGUGGGACUGGCUAUCGUUCUCACCAGUGUCCAAGACCUCUGCCGAAUAUUUCGCUACCUCCGAAACAGCCAUCAACUGGCUGAGCACGUCCUUCCUCUUUUCCUUCUGCGUCGCCUCUCCCUUCACAAUCUACAGUCUCAACAAGACGGGCCCCAAGGGUGCUAUAAUAGUGGCAUCAUGCCUACUACUGGUAGGAAACUGGAUACGAUAUGGAGGUACCCGAGCAGGGAACUUUGGAGCGGUGAUGUUGGGGCAGAUUCUUGUCGGGCUCGCUCAACCAUUCGUUCUAAGCGCUCCCACACGGUACUCCGAUGUUUGGUUCAGUGCAAAGGGAAGAGUGAGCGCGACAGCUGUCGCAAGCCUUGCCAAUCCCUUCGGGGGCGCCUUAGCCCAACUGAUCAAUCCUCUCUGGGCAUCAAGACCAUCGGACAUCCCCAACAUGAUCCUCUACGUCUCGAUCAUUUGUACCAUCGCCUGCGUCCCCUCUUUCUUUAUCCCCUCCGCUCCUCCCACGCCCCCCAGCGCCUCAGCCGCUUCUCACACUCAACUCAACAACACCCACUCCUCAUCCUCCGCCAUCACCCGCACCCUCAUUACAUCGCUCCACAACCUUCUAACCUCCGUCCCCAACCUCCUAAUAAUCCUCCCCUUCUGGACCUACGUCGCCCUCUUCAAUUCCUCCUCCUCCCUGCUAAACCAAUUCCUCUACCCCUACGCCUACACCGAAACGCAAGCCGGCAUCGCCGGCGCCCUCCUCAUCCUCGUCGGCCUCGUCUCCGCCGCCCUCUCCUCCCCGCUGAUCGACCGCUACAAAUUCUAUCUCCUCUACAUCAAAAUCACCGUCCCCCUCAUCGCGCUCAGCUAUCUAGUAUUCAUCUGGGCGCCGGAGAGUCGCACCCUUGUCUACCCCUACGUCGUCCUCAGUGUGCUUGGUGCAGCGAGUUUCGGCUUGGUUCCUGUGGCGUUGGAGUUUCUGGUUGAGAUCUCGUACCCCCUUGGACCGGAGGUGGGGAGCACGGUCUGUUGGACCGGCGGCCAAUUUUGGGGCGGGCUGUUUAUUAUCAUUGAGAAUGCGUUGAAAGCAGACGAAGGGGCGGGCCCGCCGUUACAUAUGCACAGGGCGUUGGUGUUUCAGGCAGUGGUGGCGAUGCUGAUUGUGCCUGCGCCGCUGUGGUUGGGGUUUAGGGGCGCGAGGGUGGUCAGGAGGAGGUUGGAGGUCGACAAAGGGGAUAUUGAGGGUGAAAGAGAGGGCAAUUUAGUGGGGGGAAGGGAGGGAGGUACGAUGAUAUAG